AUGAAUAAAAAUUCUUCCAACAUAAUGGCUUUGGCUCCUAACACAUCUAACAAAAGAGAGACAGUGUGCAUAUUUGGAACUGGAGAUUUUGGAAGAGCUCUGGGGCAGAAAAUGAUUCAGUCUGGCUACCCCGUUGUGUUUGGAAGCCGAAGCCUGCAGACAUCCAGCCUGAUUCCCAAAGAAGCAGAGGUGCUGAGCCACGCCGAGGCAGCACAGAAAGCUGCCAUCAUCAUUAUAGCGAUCCAGAGGCAAUACUACGACUUCCUUACACCAUUAGCAGAAAUACUCCGUGGAAAAGUGCUGGUGGACGUAAGCAACAACUUGAAAAUAAACCAGUAUCCUGAAUCCAAUGCAGAGUACCUCGCUCAGCUGGUACCUGGCGCUAAGGUUGUAAAAGCCUUUAACACCGUGUCUGCCUGGGCUUUGCAGUCAGGCACACUGGAUGCAAGCCGGCAGGUGUUUGUCUGUGGAGAUGACAUGGAAGCUAAACAAAUGGUGAUGGAUAUUGUUCGUGCACUGGGUCUCACACCAUUAGAUCAGGGAUCCCUCUUGGCUGCUCAGGAAAUUGAAAAUUAUCCUCUGCAACUGUUUCCAAUGUGGAAGUUUCCCAUCUUUUUGUCCCUUGGCCUAACUGCAUUUUUCUUCUUCUACUGUUUGAUUCGUGAUGUAAUUUACUCUUAUGUUUAUGAAAACAAAGAUUUUUCAUUUUUUAUUGCAAUUUCCAUUCCAAAUCGGAUCUGCCCUGUGGUGGCACUCAUCCUUCUUGGCUUAGUUUAUCUUCCUGGUGUACUUGCUGCAAUCAUCCAGUUAUACAGAGGUACCAAAUACAAGCGUUUCCCAGACUGGCUGGACAAAUGGAUGCUGUGUAGGAAACAACUUGGACUAGUAGCCUUGGCAUUUGCUUUUCUGCACGUUUUUUACACUCUCAUCAUCCCAAUUCGCUACUAUGUAAGAUGGAGAACUGAGGAUAGAAUUAUCUCCAAGGCACUGAACAAUAAAACAGAUCCAUUUAACAACACUAAUGGCUGGCUUAGCGACUCCUAUUUGGCUUUGGGGAUUUUAGGAUUCUUUUUCUUUGUUCUUCUGGGAAUAACCUCCUUGCCUUCCGUCAGCAACAGUGUCAACUGGCGAGAAUUUCGAUUUGUACAGUCCAAACUGGGAUAUCUGACGUUGAUUUUAUGCACUGCACACACACUGGUAUAUAGUGGAAAACGGUUCCUGAGUCCAUCAUCAUACAGAUGGUAUCUUCCGAACGUCUAUAUGCUCUCCCUCAUUGUUCCGUGCAUUGUACUGGUUCUCAAAUUUGUGCUUAUAUUUCCUUGUCUAGACAAACAGCUCACACAAAUUCGGCAGGGCUGGGAGAGGAAUCCCCGAUACUCAGAACAGUCAAACUACAUUAUCAACAAGUCUGCGGUAUAAUUAGCCUAAGCUGUAUUGUUUAGAAGAAACAAACAAACAAAAGAU